AUGUCUAUUCGGUUUCAGAAUUUUACACCUUUAUCUCCCCAACUAAAGGCUCCGGAAUUCACUGUACUGAACCCUCAGGAGCUCUACUCCAAACUCAAUCAGAUCAGUGUGGAGAUCCCUGACUACCUCCAUGAAUUGCCAGUUCCCGAUCUUCAGCGACUGGCAUCAGAUCUGUUGCUGUUGAAAAGUGAGAUCUAUAUGAAUCCCAAGUUUGAAGAGAUUAGGGGCCAGAUCUUGGGUGUCGUGGAGAACCUGGUGGAGUUUGCGGAGAGGCUGCUAUCGGAGUACGAAAGUUUACGAGGCAGAUUUGAUGAGGUGAGUCUACGACUCGGCGAGACGAAUGCUUCUGUUGAGAGGUUGAGGCGAUUGGACAUGGAGUUGAGUGGAAGUUUAUACAAAUUCGAAAGUGGUGCUUUGAAACAGCGACUGCAGUCUGCCAUACUGGAGUCGGACCAAGUGGCUCAGAAUCUGGUUGAGAGCUUCAAGGCUGACGACUCUGUUGGAGACUUUAUCAAAAGUUUCAGAGCUGAAAGAAAGGUCUAUCAUCUGCGAAAGGAGAGACUCGAGAGGUUGAACGAGGACCGGGUGGGUGGGUUGUUGUGA